AAGGUCAAAGUUUACUGCAUGCGGAAGUGGCAUGCAGGUUAGUGGGGGGGUUUUCAUACAUCCAUGGGUUAUUCUAUGCUCCUUUUUCCUGCAAUGUUUGGCUCUCCAUAAAUCAAUACAAUAAGUUUGAUGAUUUUUCUCUUUUGACAAGUGGCUAACUGAUGUUAGCUUCCCCACAUGUCUGCAACAAUGACCACCAUUGUCCAUGAUACUACAGAGGCAGUGUGCCUGUCCUCUGAGUACAACCUGUAUCUCAAGCCCAUUGCCAAAAUGACCAUCAGUGUGGCUCUGCCCCAGCUCAAGCUGCCAGGCAAGAGCAUCUCCAACUGGGAGGUAAUGGAGAGGGUAAAGGCCAUGGUAGCUCCAGAGCAGUUUUCAGCCCUGCGAAUCUCCAAGAGUACCAUGGACUUCAUCCGCUUUGAGGGCGAGGUGGAAAACAAGACAGUAGUCAAGGGCCUGCUGGGCCGCCUGGAUGGGAAGAGCAUCAAACUUAGUGGAUUUACUGAUGUACUGAAGGUUCGUGCAGUAGAAAAUAAGGUGGACUUCCCUACACGUCACGACUGGGACUCCUUCUUCCGCGACGCCAAGGACAUGAAUGAGACUGUGCCAGGAGAGAGGCCUGACACCAUCCACCUGGAGGGACUUCCUUGCCGCUGGUUCAGCCAGAAAGACAGCCAUUACCCAGACCGGCCCUCUGAAGAGGUCCUCAUUGCUGUCUUCCAGACAUUUGGCAAGGUACGAAACGUUGACAUCCCCAUGCUGGACCCGUACCGGGAGGAGAUGCUUGACAAGAACUUCAACACAUUCAGUUUCGGGGGUCAUCUGAACUUUGAGGCUUAUGUGCAGUACCAGGAGUACUGCGGCUUCACCAAGGCGAUGGACACUCUGCGCAGCAUGAAGCUGAUGCUGAAAGGAGAUGAUGGAAAGGCAGUGGCCUGCAACAUCAAGGUGGCCUUUGACACCAGCAAGCACCUGAGUGAGUUAGCUCUGAAGAGGAGGAGCCUGGAGAGGCUGAAGUUACAGGAGCUUGAGAGGCAGAGAGAGGAGCUGAAACGACGGGAGAAGGAAGAGGAGGAGCGACGUAAGGAGGAGGAGAGGAAACAGAAGGAGCAGGAAGAGGAAGAGAAGGAGAGGAGGAAGGAAGAGAGAAUAAGAAAACGAGAGCAGAAGUUGCGGGAGAGAGAGGAGAGGAAGAACCUGAAGAGGGUGAGGCGACAGCAGGAAGAGGAGCAGAAGAAGCUGCAGAUGAAGAUCGCCAUGGAGGAGAGGAGGUUGCUGCUGGCUCAGCGCAACCUGGAAUCCAUACGGCUCAUUGCUGAGCUGCUGGCCAGGGCCAAGGCGCUAAAGCAGCAGCAGCAGGAGAAAGAGAGGGCUGAAAGGGAGGAACAGGAAAAGCAGGAGCAGGCUCGUCAGAAGGAGGAACUAGCUCGUCUUCAGCAGCUGGAGGCCUGCCGACGCAAGCAGGAGGAGGAGCUCCGGAGGGUGGAGGUGGAGAAGGAGCGAGCACUGGAGCUCCAGCGCCGAGAGAAGGAGCUGAGGGAGAGACUGGUUUGCAACCUGUUGAAGAAGAGCAGCAGUAAAACCACAAGACCUCCAGGCACGCAGGACCAGGCUGCCCCUGUAACGAGUGAGGAGGCCUCUGAUCCUGGUGGCAAUGAUGUGAUGUUGGGGGUCCUGGGCCGGGUAAACGGAGUGAAGGCAGUUGAGAGCAAAGACAAGCAGGUGUCCAAAUCUAGUGUGUCCCAAGUUUUGGGGAAAAAUAGAGCAACAGAGGAGAGGAGAGGAGGGGAGGACAGGAAGAAAGACCAGGAGGGGAGGAGGGAAGAGGUGGUGAGUAGCAGGCACAGUAGGGAGCAAGCAAGGGACCGGGACCGCUCCCACAGAGAGAUGAGCUCCUACAGCCGGGGGAGGAGGAGGCACUCCCGCAGCUACAGCAGGAGAAGAAGGAGCUCCAGCCGGCGAAAGAGGAGCUCCAGUCGUCAUAGGAGGAGCCACAGUCAUCACGGCAGCAGGAGGCACAGCCACAGCCAUUGCAGUAGGAGCACAAGCUCCAGUCGGGAAAGGAGCCGGAGCAGCAGUGGGAGGAGUUACAGCAGAGGGAGGAGCCGCAGGCAUAGUCACCGUAGAUACAGCAGAGGCAGCUCCAGGAGCAGCAAUAAAAGUAGAGACAGCCAUUACAUUCGAAGAUACAGGAGACACAGCAACAGUAGAGACAGGAGCCACUCCAGACGACGCUAAUCUCAUCAAUAUUACCAGUUUAUUGAUUUAUAUAGUUUCCAUUUCUGGUCUUACACCUAAAGUUUCAGAAGAAGAAUAGAUAUUUUUGGUCCCUUGAUUAAGUAAUGUGACAGUGCACCCAAUGGCUUUUUUCAGAAUAGGGCUUCAGAAUAAGACAUCUUAGAUAUAAAACAAAAAUCCCACAGAAGUAAAAUCAACUCCACAGAAUCAACUAAAACAACAUAUGUAAGUGUUCCCUGUAUGUGUAAGGCAAUUUACGUUUCUGCACUUGAUUCUAGGGAGUUGCGUUUACCUGUUUUUGUUUUUGUUUUUUCACAUUUCAUAUUGUUAGAUUGAAGCAGAAGUUUGUCAAAAGAAUUUGUCAAAAUAUUCAUAUUGUGUUUUACAUUUAUCAAUUUCAUGGCAUAAAACGCUAAAUGUGCUAUUUGGUUUCUAGAAUGUUGUUCUUUAAUAUGUGUGAAAGACAUCAACAUUUGGACUGAAGUACACUAAAACUCUUGUGAAAAUUAGAAUAACAGGAAUAAACAUAAUAGGGUAUUAAUAUUUGAUUCAAAGUUAGUGAUCAUUAUAUAAUCAUUGAUAUUCAAUAUUUUGGAAGGUUAGAACCUUGACUUUCUGAUAGAUUAAAGGCUAAUAUCAUAGACUCACUGUAUUUGUAGAUUGACCAGUCUAAUCUUACUGUCAACCCAAAAGCCUGUUGGUGACCUUCAUUUUCUGCGUGUGGGUUGUCUUUGUGCAUGAAAAACUGUGAGCUAUAGAAAAUGACAAGUACAGAGGGCAAAUUGUGUUUGGAUGUGACACCAGUCUGUUUAGUUUCAAACACUGAGACCUCAUGGCAUGCCAUAGUUGUGGAAAACUUAAGUUGACUACCGGUCUAAAAUGAAUGGCCGCUGGUCCAUUAAAAAUGUGAAAUUUCCACAGACUAUAAGAAACAUACCUUUAGUUUGGCUGACCUGCAGACAGCCUAACAUAUUUCUUGGAAUACUGCUUCAGUAUUGGCUGUGUUGCUGAUAAGCAGCUCAGAAAAACACCCAACUGAAUUCCACAACAGACUUGUUGUUGAGCUCAACCAAGCAGCACCAUUUUUGAUGAUCAUAUAGUUUCAGCUGACAAAGACUGAUUUCUUUUAGGCGUAUUUCAAUUUCUUAAUGUUUGGAAGAAUAUUUAAAAGAAAAAGUAAUUUGUUGAUUGAGUGAGUUGUGUGAAGACUUGAUGUUGAAAGUCAUAAUGAUGAUAGCAUAAUGACAUAAUGGACCUGACUCAGCAAGCAGUGUACUCCCACUUCCCUUGGUCAUGUGAGUCUUGAAUACAAGUGAUGGAUUUGAGAUCUGUCUAAUUUAUUUCUGUCUGCGAUAAAGUUUAAUCAUCGUUUAGGAAACCAGCUCCUGGGAUUCAAGGUAAACCAGCACAAUACCAAGUAAAAAUGGGAUCUUAGGAUGUAACUCUUUCUGCUUUCAUGUUCACAAUGUUGUGCUGCAUACAUUUCUUUACUAUUAACUGUUUUCUUAGCUGUAUUUCCGCUUCAGGGAAGUCAAUCAAAUCAAAUUGUUUUGUUGACACUGCUACACCGACAUCGACUUGUCAUGGCAAAGCCUGUUUGUUCUGUGUACUGUAUGCUCAUGAUCUACUAGAGCAUGCCUUGCGUACACAUGGUUAAAAUUAAAAUCCAAGCUGAAAAUUGAAAAGCAUUGUUUUCUUUCAUUGAAGAUGUACCAUGCAAUCUUGUGUACUAUAAUGAGAAGCUUCAAAAUAUCAAGUGUUAAAAUAUUGGGUUUUCUACUUUAACACUGUCUUAUGCUCCACUGUGAUCAACAACAUUAAAAUUCUGUGUCAAAAGUG